GUGCGGCGCUUCCGGGUGGACCCGGCGCGGCCGCGGAGCGCCCGCCAUGGCUACGCUGUUCCCAUCGCUCCUGCCGCGCCUCACCGAGCCCCUCUGGUUCAACCUCGACCGCCCCUGCGUGGACGAGACCGAGCUGCAGCAGCAGGAGCAGCAGCACCAGGCCUGGCUGCAGAGCAUUGCCGAGAAGGACAACAACCUGGUGCCCAUAGGAAAGCCAGCAUCCGAGCACUACGACGAGGAGGAGGAGGAGGAUGAUGAAGACGAUGAAGACAGCGAAGAGGACUCUGAAGAUGACGAGGACAUGCAGGAUAUGGAUGAGAUGAACGAUUAUAACGAGUCUCCUGAUGAUGGGGAGAUCAAUGAGGUGGACAUGGAAGGGGCAGAGCAGGAUCAGGACCAGUGGAUGAUCUGAUUCUGCUACGACCACACCAAACGGGAGCUAGGGAGAGCCAUUGCCCCCCACAAGGGCAGGGGAGCAGGUCAGUGAAGCUCCUUCUGCCAUGGGUGCUGUGUGGGGGCCUUGGAGCAGAGCCCCCCCAGGGGAGCCGGAGGAGUGGCUGCCACCCGGCACAUUGGGGCUGACACGUCUUUUCUAAUAAACUCAGUUUACAAGAAAAC